GGAACGCCUUUCCUCUCCAAUCAACCUUUCCAGAGAGCAGCUUCUGUGAGCUCAGAGCUGGAGGGUGGUGCCGAGCGCACAGCGAGCCGACUUUCGCUGCUGGCGAGGGAGGAACGCCACUUUUCCGGACUCCUUUGUCCUCCUCCCCUUUCCUUCACGCUCUUCAAUGUUUCCAAGGAUUGCUAGAUUGCUUUGGGGUUUUCUUUUGCUUAUGAGGAGUUGACUGCGGCGGGUGAGAGUCUUUUGGGAAGGCGAAACAAGCAUCGGACUCUGUAAGCAGGCACCAAAUCCACGGGAAAGAAAAACUUCGCGCUCUGGUUCAUCAAGGUCAGCACUAUGACUGAUGGGGACUAUGACUAUCUGAUCAAACUCCUUGCCCUCGGGGAUUCUGGGGUUGGGAAGACCACGUUCCUGUACAGAUACACCGACAACAAGUUCAACCCCAAAUUCAUCACCACAGUAGGAAUUGACUUCCGGGAAAAGCGGGUGGUAUACAACAGCCGGGGGUCAAAUGGCUCUCCUGGGAAAGCCUUUAAGGUCCAUCUUCAGCUCUGGGACACAGCCGGGCAAGAAAGAUUCAGAAGUCUCACGACAGCAUUUUUCAGAGAUGCCAUGGGCUUCUUGUUAAUGUUUGAUCUCACCAGUCAACAGAGCUUCUUAAAUGUCAGAAACUGGAUGAGCCAACUGCAAGCAAACGCAUAUUGUGAGAACCCGGACAUUGUAUUAAUUGGGAAUAAAGCUGACCUGUCAGAUCAGAGAGAGGUCAAUGAGAGACAAGCGAAAGAUCUAGCAGACAAAUACGGCAUCCCAUACUUCGAAACAAGUGCAGCUACCGGCCAGAAUGUGGAAAAAGCUGUGGAAACGCUCUUGGACUUGAUAAUGAAACGUAUGGAACAGUGUGUUGACAAGAGUCAAGUCUCAGACACAGCCAACGGAGGAAGUUCAGGGAAGCUGGCAUCAGCAAAAUCAGAAGAGAAGAAAUGUGCAUGUUGAUUUAGCUCCUCAGACAGAGGGGAAUGAACAAGAAAUUGUCCUAUCUGAAAAUAGCAGACCCGACCAACCACCAAAUUCAACCCUGGAAGCUCUUGUGGUCCAUAUGGGGCAGCUGUUGUUGUCUUAAGCAAGGCCGAUUAGUUCUGAUGCUGAGAGAGUCAUUCUUCCAUGCUUGCCACAGAUGUUAUCUGUACAAUGUCAUCUUCGUAGAAAACCCAAAGGCCCUCGUUCUUCUCAAUACAACCAGGCCAGUAAAUAGAGGAAAGCCUUGCUUAUAUUGGGGAGAGAGUUGUUGAAAUGUUAUAUGAUAAGACAAUGAAUCACCCUUGUAGGCCCAUGCAAUCACUUCUAGUCCUGUUGCCUUCUAUUACAAUAUACAUUAUGCAUUUGCUACAGAUGGUUUAUAAAAAGCAAAUGGAUAUUAAUGUAGCUUAUUAUAAAUGUCUUUGUAUUUUUAUUUUUUUGUUAAUACCAAGCAGUCAUUGCUGUUACAUUCAGCUGACUGAUGUCCCUGAUGAGCUCAGAAUAUUGCAUCCUCUUCCAGGAUAAAACUGAGGACCUGUGUAACAUUGGAACUGAUUGCCAAGCGGAAUUGGAGGGGUGUGGGCUAAAAGAGGAAGGGGAUGUCCAGGAAUUCUAGCACAGGGGUGGGAAGGAGCAGGUGCAUACUGCAGUGAAGCUUUUUUCUCUAAACCAAAAGGUAUUGUCCAUGCUUCAGACACCAAGGCCAGCAUCUCCCAAGAACACGGGCAACAGAAUGACAAACGCUUUCUCUGGUGACUUUGUAAUUGCUUUAAAGGAGUCUCUUUCCUCAGGUAAAGAGAAGACAGGUCCAUAUGAAUGCAGUUAGCUUUUCUAAUUAAUCCUCUUCCCUCAAUGCAUUAUUUUUUUUAAUUAUUUUUUUUACAAGUGGGCCACCUAAUAAAUGUAAAACUGUUGAAUGUUGAUUUGAAGAAUGGAGCAUCACAAAAGCAAAACCUUGAUUAAAUAUAUAAUAUAUGGCUGGCACUUGGAAGCAUUUUAAAAUUGGCAAGGUAGGCUUAGGAACAGAGCAUCAAAGGGUGAUUCUGUUACUGUAGCUAUGCUGCCAACUGUUGAGUGGUGCCAAAUUGUUCUUUAAAGCCAAAUGUUGUGGGGGGCUGUGAUGUAUUAAAACGUAUCUUUUGAAAUAAAUGAAAAAAAUCA